GGCCCGUGUUUUCCCCCCCCUUCCCCCUCCCCCGCCGUUGCCCCCCCUACUCGCCAUGAUGUUCCGGGACCAGGUGGGGAUCGUGGCCGGGUGGUUCAAAGGUUGGAACGAAUGUGAGCAAACCGUGGCGUUGCUUUCGCUGCUGAAGCGCGUCACCCGCACCCAGGCACGCUUCCUGCAGCUCUGCCUCGAGCACUCUUUGGCCGACUGUGCUGACAUCCACCUCCUCGAGGCUGAGGCCAAUAGUGCCGCUGCCAUCAGUCAGUGGCCACAGGAGCCAGCAGAGGCAGCAGUGGCCCUGCUGCUGGCCCACCUACCCCUGUUGCAACCGGGCAAUGCUGCUGCCAAGGCUGAGUACAUGAAGCGGCUGCAGAAAGUGCUGGCCUACGCCAUCGAGAGCAACCGAUGCGUGGAGGAGAGCCGACAGCUCCUUUCCUAUGCCCUCAUCCACCCUGCCACCACCCUGGAUGACCGCAGUGCGCUGGCCCUGUGGCUGGGCCACCUGGAGGAACGUUUGGCCGGAACCCCGCAGCCACCACGUCCUCCUCCUCGCCCUGAUGCUGCCCCCCCCCCACCCCGCCGUGCCCCCCACGACUGGCCUGAGCACGGACCCCCUGAGAUUGGGCCCCCCUGGCCUGAAGCAGCUCCCCGGGAAAACGGCCACCCCCCUUUUCACCCCCCCAGCAGUGGCAAUGGCUUGGGGGGCACAGCGCUGCCCUGCCAGCUGCACCCCAGCCCACUGAAGCGCUCCCUGUCGCUGGUGCCUGGCAGCCCCCAGGGGGGCAGCGGUGAAUGGCCAGGGGGGGGCGAGGAGCCAGGGCCCCCUCGCACCCCCUUCGGCGACCACGCGCCCCUCUCACCCCAGAGCAGCGUGGCCUCCUCGGGCAGUGAGCAGACCGAGGAGCCCACCGGUGGCCGCAACACCUUUCAGGAGGAUGGCAGCGGCAUGAAAGACGUCCCCUCCUGGCUGAAGAGUCUGAGGCUCCAUAAGUACGCAGCCCUCUUCUCCCAGAUGACGUACGAGGAGAUGAUGACGCUGACAGAACACCACCUGGAGUCGCAGAACGUCACCAAGGGUGCGCGGCACAAGAUUGCCCUCAGCAUCCAGAAGCUGCGGGAGCGGCAGAGCGUUCUCAAAGCACUGGAGAAGGACAUCUUAGAAGGUGGGAACCUGUGGACGGCAUUGCAGGAGCUGCAGCAGAUCAUGGUGACGCCCAUCAAGGCCUUCAGGCCCCCACCUGCCCCCCCUGCUAAUGGAGCACAUGACGGGGCUCCCCCAGGGGCUGCCGAUGCCUUUGCCCCCCACCCAGCUGCCGACACUGAGGCCCCCGCAGCCCCCGUCCCUGAUGGAGACAUCCCAGGGCAGUUCACUCGUGUCAUGGGCAAAGUCUGCACCCAGCUGCUGGUGUCACGGCCGGAUGAGGAGAACAUCACGAGUUACCUCCAGCUCCUUGAGAAGUGCCUGAGCCACGAGGCGUUCACGGAGACGCAGAAGAAGAGGCUCUUGUCUUGGAAGCAGCAGGUCCUGAAGCUGCUCCGCGCCUUCCCCAAGAAGGUGCCACUUGAUGGCCAGGGCUACCGGCCUCCCAAAGGCUGGGGCUUUGGCUCCAACUCGCUCCCCAUAGCUGGCUCUGUGGGAGGGGCGGGGGGGCGGCGGGGGCAGCGCCCCUUUGCGUUGCCCCCCCGUGCGCUGCCCCCCGCCCGCAUGGGGCUGCUGGGCCCUGCU